AUGCGGAUUCCAUCUUUACCUGGCAGCGGGCUGGAUCUGACUCGACAGCAACAUGAGAGCCUGGAUCAGCUCUUCGACAAUGGCAAGGGUGCAGUACGUUUGGUGACAAGGACUUUGGUGCAGCGCGCAUCGCAGUCGAGCGAUGCCUCCGGGUCCUCAAGCACAUGUGGACCUGGCAACACCUCAUCAAUAUGUGCCAAGCCCACCGACUCUGGAAGCACGCAGACGCUGCCAAUAGUAUUAGGUGCCGUCAUUCCCAUCACGUGUGCACUGGUCGUGUGCUUCUUCUUACACCGACGAUUGGUGAAGCGACAACGAAUAGAAGACACCAAUGAUGCUCACAAAUCUCUCGACUUCGGCAUGGAUAUGGGCGCGAAUAGGAACAAGCUGUCGAAGAGUGUGCCGGAGAUGACAGUCACAGAUGCGGGCGGGCGUCCAGUGAGACCAGGGCGAGGACCACGCGGGCUGUCCAUGGACAUGAACAUGAGCAACCCCUACCUUCUGCCAGCAGGUCUACAAGGCUCGCAUGAAUCGAUACACAGCAUGUCGCGGUCCAUGGUCGGCGAGCACGAUCCGUACAGGCCUGUCACAAUGAUGCGCACUUCGAUUGACUCGUCACGGCCACGACCGGAUGGCGCAUCGCAAUAUUCGGCAUCUACACUACUGUCUGCAAACGAGAAGGCUGGCCUGGUCUCGAAUGCCCAAAGGAUCUCGCACUCUGAUCCCAAGCGUAUUGACUCCAUGUCUCCGCAUAACUCGAAACAAUUGGACGAAAUGGCUCCACGACAAAUGCACAGCAAUGGUCGAAGUCUCCCAGCAAGCCGCCGCACAAGCAUCGGAUCAGAUCAGCCAAUGCUCCCAGCGAACAACGGCGCACCGCCGCCCCGAAAACAGUCUCUACCACGGCCUCCGCCACCUCCUCAAUCGGCAGACGAGAACGUUGAGCCGCGAUCCCGAUCAACGUCUGCACCUCGUCCUCCACGGAAAUCAUCAAUGUCCGCUGGUUCUGUUAAGAACGCUGGUAUGCCAUACGAAGAGGCGCCUCCGCUCCCUGUGCCUGCCGUGCACGUCCAGGAAGAUUCUGUCUACGACAUCGACCCAUCCAUGAUCUCUACCGGCCGCUUCUCCAUUGACACACCGAAUCCGUCUCAGCAAUUUCCAGUCCAGCCACAACGGCUGUCCACCAUGGGUUUGAGGCCACUACCACCAGACAUGCCAACUGAGGACAACCCUGAAAUCCGUGCCAAUAGGAUUCGUUCAUUUUACAAGGAAUACUUUGACGACUCUCGACCGAACCCAAGCCGUGGCCAAUACGUCGAGGACUACGACCCAGGCUACUUCGAUGCAACCAUAUACGACCCCGACACGGGCGGCUUCGCCAUGCCCCGCCAACCGUAUGCCCAGCCCAUGGGCCGCCGAGCAAUGACACCACCUCCCCGAGGCGCCCAGUCACGCGGUGCCUCUCCUGCCGGACUGCCGCACAACAGACACUACAGCACGCAAUCUGCCGGCCGUGGUCAAAUGCGCGGACGACAAGGUGGUGCACCACCGAUGCCAAAGAAACGUGCUCCGCCACCUAUCGCUUUGCAGGGCCUUCCGACCCCGCAUAAGCUCAAGGACUUCGACUCUGUGAUCAGUACGCCGAUUGACUUCGCCCCACCAUCUACUUUCCGCUCGAUGCAGAACGGCAGCGCACCUGACAGCCCCACCGGUCUCUCACGUCCUUACAGCCCCAGCGUUCGAGCUUUCACUCCUCUCGUCGCUUCAUACGACGAGUUGAGCGUUAUGCCUUCACCCCACAUGCUUCGCCGAUCGGGCACUUUCACAGCACUAGACUUCGCUCCUCCGGGUCGCCUAGGUCAGCACAACGACAAUGCUAGUGACGCCGGCAGCAUUCGUUCUGCGAGGUCUGGAAUAUCGGCCAGACAGAUGGAUGCUGUGCGUGCGGGUGCAUAUCGUGUGUCCAGGAUCCCAAAGGAAAUGGUGACGACGAAGGAAGAUUUGGCUGCGCAGUUGAGGCCGAAAUUGGAUAUGGUUUCCAAGGCCUGA